CAGACGCGCUUUGCUAGUAGACCAGUCAGUCGCGUACGAAUUGGUGUUGAUGUCGGUCUGUGUGGAAUCCGAUCUUAGAAUUACGAAAAUAUUAUGUGGCGGCGUACGGUGAAGUGUUUUUAUGUAAUGCUUAUUUUGUGAUUCGAUAUUUUGUGCGUCCUUUCAUCACGUAUGGCGGAUCACAAAGCGACAGGGGGUGUGGUAAAUGCCUGUCUACCUCUGGCUCUUCUGUCCGUGUUCGUUGCUGUGUGUCAUGCCGCGAUUUGCCCGGAAAAGCAGUACCUCAAUUCUAAACUACAAAUAUGCAUGAACUGUACGGACUGCAAGGACGGUUCUGUUGUGUUAAGGCCCUGCGAGUUGCACAGAGACACCCAUUGCGGUCCUCUAAGUGCUAUUAGUGACCUGUUAGAUAGUAGUAAUAGUAAUCAUAGGCAUCGACAUGAGAAAUUCAGAUCCGACAAACAGAAAACCAAAGGAGUUGUCGAAUGGAGGUAUGGUGAAGAUGUGGAUGAGGAUGGAUCUUCACGCUUGGAAGUACCCGAAGCGAUGGAAGUUUCCAGCUCAGAGGCGCCAUUUUCUAGAGCGGAGAAGCUCGUGUGGGAUUGGCAGGCGAUCGCGUUGACAUCAGCAGUGUUCGCGUGCAUCAUGUUUUUUCUCGUUGUCACGAUGUAUUCGUUGUACCAAGCUAAGCAGUGGAGAAGGCUCAAAGAAAAUUUCGAAGCUGAUGUUGAGGAACUAUCAGCAAGGCUGAGUUUAAUGGCCACGUCAUCGUCGGAAAAAUGUGACUUUUUAGACAGCAGUCCAAUAUUGGUCGCGACAUCGACAAUGGGGGACUCGAAUUACCACAACAACAGAUGUAUUUACUUAGAGCAAUUGCUUAGCGUUCGCAAGGAGGACGGAGCGUGUAACAUCAAACCUAAAGGGAACGUCUACAUCGAGGAAAGUAAGACGAAAAAAUGACCGAAUUAGUACAAAAAACGAAAAAUUAUUUUGUCGAAGUUGUUUUACCUUGUCUUGCCGCCAUUGAUUUGGUGUUACUAAAAUCGCAAAUGAUUUUACCUAACUUUUGUUGUAACCCUUAAAGGGUAUGUAAGUUUGUAUUUGCGAUUUUCAUUCUUUAUAGUUUUCUAAAUUCAUAAUUUACUUAACAUGAUAUAUCUGUAAGUAAAUUUAACUAUGUAGUUGUCAUUUUGAACUUGUAAUAUUGUGUGGUUUCUUUUAAAGUUCAAAUUCUUUCACGUUUUUCUUUUUGGCUGGACAUGAGAAUCCAAUAUAAGACCCAAAACAUUUGUAGUAAAUAAUGGUAGUAAAAGUUAAAUUGAAAUCUUCAUAUAGAAAAGUUAUGAGAUUUUUUUCCGAUGGAAUUUUAUAAUUUAACUGUAUUUAGUAGUUUGAUAAGGUUUGAAAAUGACCACGCUAUAUACACUUUGGGUACAUUAUGCUUAGGUGUCUGCCUUUCGUCAAAGCAAAAAAAAUCAUUUAUUCAUAUAAUUUAUACUGUAGAUAUGGUUUAGGAAUAAGUCCAAUUGUUCCUAUAAUUUGUUGUAAAAAUAUUUAGGUCUAACUAGCUUUAGGCUUUAGAUUGGAAAUCUUUAAGAUUUUUAAUCUCGUAAUGAAUACAUUCAAAAAAUGAUUGGAUUUGAAGCUUUGAAGUAGGUUUAUGCUGAAAAAAAAUUGUAUGUUGUCUUAGGUACCUAAAUGUUUAUUUGUGAAAAUAUAACCAACACACAAAUUAUGUCCAAUGCGCGUCGAGCAUCAAAUCCGAAGCGAUGUGUGAGACAAAUUUGAAACAUUUUAAAUGGUUUUAAAUUUUAACCUGUUUUUGAAAAUUUUACCGGAUAUUUUGCGUUGUAUAUUUUUUCCCUGUGUAAAAAUGUGUCAAUUUAUAUAUGUAAAUAAUAACUAUUUGUACGCACAUCUUGAAAACAAAAAAUAUGGCGGAAAUUUGAUUUUUUUUUAAUAACCAACUCGCCUUACCUCUGACCUAGAUUUUAUUUGGAAAGUAUCCUGAUGGUAUUUUUUGCAGCCGUUUAUGUAGAGGUACCGCUUAUUUAGGGAUGUAAAAAUAUAUUUGCCACUUGAAAUUAUAUAGAUAUUAUUUAUUUCAGAAUGUUGUUUUACUUAGCUCCGUUGGAACAUAUUUAGACGUUCUAAUCCUGGCAGCUGAUGAAAAUAAAUAUAUAAAUAUAACUCAUCAAAACGAAAUUAAAAGGAAACACCAGAAGUAUGAAUGAACUUCGGUGAGUUUCAUUUGGCUCGUGAUAUCUAAAUAUUAAUCUCUGCCAGAUUUAAGGACAUGUACUACCGGUUUUAAAGUUAAAAAUAAAUUAGAUG